CUGAGUUAAUUUUUGCUUUCUUAAUUUUUAUGCUUUGCGCAGGUUUAGUUUAACAAAGCUGGGCAAUCAUUGGCUGAUGCUUUUAGCUCCCAGUGUUCAAAAGAAAACUGCUUUAAGUCGUUUGAUCAAGGAUAAUGUGGCACUCAUUAUGGUCCUGGAGGCAAAGUUUGGUAACCAGGGUGUUGAUAACCCCGUAAAGCGCCAGCAAACACUCAUGUGCAUGUUCCACAAUGAGUUGAAGGACAUCAAGCUUUGGCAGGUUCAUACACUUUUGAAAGGACUGGAAAAGAUUGCUGCUAGUGCUGAUAUUCCAAUGUUGGUCUGUGGUGAUUUUAACUCGGAUCAUAAAGUGUUUAUUACCUCAAAUGUGAAGCCCCUAGAUGCAUCAUUCAAAGAUGGGUCAAUGCAGUUCAAGGUCAGCUUGGCAAAUGGCACAACACCUUUAUAUCCAUCAUCAGUUGCACAGAGGAAUGGUGGUGAAGCCUGGGUUGAAGUUGGACGGCUUAAGACAUAUACACCAACAACUGAUGAUAUUGGACAUCCCCUUAAAUUUGAAUGUGUUGUUUUAGAUGCAGAAACCAAUCUUUCAAUUGGACUGGCGAAUACUAUAUUGACAUCUCAUGUGAUUCCAGCUCCAUGUCCUACACCACGCCGCUUAAUUUCAGUCAGAGAAGGUGACGUUUCAGCAAUUCCUGAUUUGGGUGGCCGCAUUUCGUCUUCUGGAACAUUUACUGUGCUCUCGUACAAUAUAUUAUCUGAUUCAUAUGCCACAAGUGAAUUAUACAGUUACUGCCCGUCUUGGGCCCUUUCUUGGACAUAACGUAGACAGAAUCUAUUGCGUGAAAUAACUGGCUAUCGUGCUGACAUUGUUUGUCUUCAAGAGGUUCUAAGUGAUCAUUAUGAAGAGUUCUUUCGUCCUGAAUUGGACAAACAUGGCUAUCAAUCUUAUUUCAGAAUGAAAAGUUGUGAGGGGUAUGGUAGAAGUAUGAAUAGUGUUGAUGGCUGUGCUACUUUUUUUUGACGGGAUAGAUUUUCGCACAUUAAGAAAUAUGAGGUUGAGUUUAACAAAGCUGGGCAAUCAUUGGCUGAUGCUUUAGCUCCCAGUGUUCAAAAGAAAACUGCUUUAAGUCGUUUGAUCAAGGAUAAUGUGGCACUCAUUAUGGUCCUGGAGGCAAAGUUUGGUAACCAGGGU